AUGCGGACGAGGCGCUUAUGGCCAGACCAGACGUGCGGUGCAGCCUGCGGGGAAACCGUACCGUGCUCCCUUCAUUCCGGCGUCACGCCUCCCGCCAGCCUCCCUCUCCAGUCUCCACUGCCGGCUCCUCGAAUCGGAGAUAGUGCGACAGUAGCCCAGCUCUACGUACACUGCUAGAGGGGACGAACCGGAAGGCGGCGAGCAGGAGAGCACCAUGGGUGCUGCCUUCUUGUCCUCAUGGCCGUGGGAUAACCUUGGCAUCUUCAAGUAUGUCCUGUACGGGCCUCUGGUGGGCAAGGCGUUGGCGUCGCGGGCGUGGGAGCCGGCGAGCCCCGACCGCUGGCUCUGCCUCCUGCUGGCGCUCUUCGCGCUCAGGGCCUUCACCUACCAGCUCUGGAGCUCGUACAGCAACAUGCUCUUCCUCACCCGCCGCCGCCGCAUCGUCCGCGACGGCGUCGACUUCGAGCAGAUCGACAAGGAGUGGGACUGGGACAACUUCCUGAUACUGCAGAUAAUGAUGGCGGCCACGGCGCUCUACGCCUUCCCGUCGCUGCGGCACCUCCCGGGGUGGAACACCGGGGGCCUCGCCGUCGCCGCCCUCCUCCACGUCGCGGCCACCGAGCCCCUCUUCUACGCGGCGCACAGGGGCUUCCACGGCGCCCACCUCUUCGCCCGCUACCACGCGCUCCACCACUCCAACAAGGUGCCCACGCCCUUCACAGCCGGGUUCGCGACGCCGCUGGAGCACUUGGUGCUGGGCUUGCUCAUGGCGCUCCCGCUCGCCGGCGCGUGCGCCGCGGGUCUCGGCUCCGUUGGGCUGGCCUUCGCCUACGUGCUCUCUUUCGACUUCCUCAGGGCCAUGGGGCACUGCAACGUGGAGCUGUUCCCCGGCGGCCUCUUCCGGUCGCUCCCGUUCCUCAGAUACCUCAUCUACACCCCAACGUACCACACCAUCCACCACACCGGGAAGAAGGCCAACUUCUGCCUCUUCAUGCCGCUGUUCGACCGGCUGGGUGGCACGCUCGACCCCGAGUCCUGGGAGCUGCAGAGGAAGAACAGAGCAGGGAUGGACGAGGCGCCGGACUUCGUGUUCCUGGCGCACGUGGUGGACGUGAUGCAGUCGAUGCACGUGCCAUUCGUGAUGCGGACCUUCGCCUCCACGCCCUUCGCCGUGCGGGCCUUCCUGCUGCCGCUCUGGCCCAUCGCGCUCCUCUUCAUGUUCAUGGUCUGGGCCUGGUCCAAGACCUUCAUCAUCUCCUACUACCACCUCCGCGGCAAGCUCCACCAGAUCUGGGCCGUCCCCAGAUACGGCUUCCACUAUUUCCUGCCGUUCGCCAAGGACGGCAUCAACGACCAGAUCGAGCUGGCCAUCCUGAGGGCCGAGAGAAUGGGCGUCAAAGUCGUCAGCCUUGCAGCUCUGAACAAGAACGAGGCACUCAACGGCGGCGGCACGCUGUUCGUGAACAAGCACCCGGACCUCCGCGUGCGCGUCGUCCACGGCAACACCCUCACGGCCGCGGUCAUCCUCAACGAGAUCCCCAAGGGCACCACCGAGGUCUUCAUGACCGGCGCCACCUCCAAGCUCGGCAGGGCCAUCGCGCUCUACCUCUGCAGGAAGAAGAUCCGCGUCAUGAUGAUGACGCUGUCGACGGAGAGGUUCCAGAAGAUCCAGAAGGAGGCGGCGGCGGAGGACCAGCAGUACCUGGUGCAGGUCACCAAGUUCCAGUCGGCGGAGCAGUGCAAGACGUGGAUCGUCGGCAAGUGGCUGUCGCCGCGGGAGCAGCGGUGGGCGUCGCCGGGCACGCACUUCCACCAGUUCGUGGUGCCCCCCAUCCUCGGCUUCCGCCGGGACUGCACCUACGGCAAGCUCGCCGCCAUGCGCCUCCCCAAGGACGCCCGGGGCCUCGGCUCCUGCGAGUUCUCGCUGGAGCGCGGGGUGGUGCACGCCUGCCACGCCGGCGGAGUCGUGCACUUCCUCGAGGGGUACGCGCACCACGAGGUGGGCGCCAUCGACGUCGACCGCAUCGACGUCGUCUGGGAGGCGGCGCUCAAGCACGGCAUCCGGCCCGUCUGAUCGCUCCUCCAUCGGCCCGUCUAGCUAUGGCCCAAACCGGGCCCAAGACAAAACCUCUAUUCCUACUCAGUAGUACAGUACUAUUCUUUUUCCUUCUCGACGUAUACUACAGCUCGAUCGUGUGACGUGGGGUGUGGUUCCUAACGAUUCAAUUUACAGCUGUACUGUUUUGAUUUGUACACAAACAUAUACGAUACAUUCGAGGCAAAAGACGCUAUAUGUGGCAUCGAUACUUAAGAAAUGUACUCUUUUUUUUUUGAAAUCAGAAAUGUACUUGCAUUGA